AUGGCAGCAUUGGGUUUCGCAAUCGAUGCCGCUGGGCUCUUCGCCUCUCUCAGCCUCUCGGGCGCCUUCGACAAGCCCACCCCAGCUGAGGCAAAGACCAAUAUCCAGAUCAUCCUGGGUAGCGGUGAGAGAACCACAACGGCUGGAGGCCCGCGACCUCACAUCGCACUCUGGGACGAUGGCAAGUACAUCUCCUACUAUGGCCAUCGAAUCGGCCAGUACACUCCCGACAAGAAGAAGAUCAAGGCGGGCGACCAGACGAACAUUGUGAUCGAGCACACCCAGACUGAGCCCAAGCACUCGCAAGCCGACCCCUACUAUGUUAUGCUCUCCCAGAUGGACGAUGACGCCAUCUGCAUUUCGGCCGUGCUGGUGUCCAACGGCAAGAUCUCCGGUGCCUUCUACGGCGACACCGGGUACAAGUGCGGCCAGUCUUGGUUCGCAAGCGAGAACCGCAUUGGCUCCGACUUCGAGGCGCCGCGCUGCGUCUGGCUAGACGCCAACCACGACAACGGCAUCAACGCCCGCGCUAUUAGCUUCCACCUUAACGACAUGCAGCCCAACGACGACAAGCUGGAGCAGUACUAUGAGAACCUUGACACCCUCUGCAAGAGUACGCCUCGCUUCUCCUUCUGGGGUAACCUCCUCCCUGACGCUAUCCCGCCUAUGUUUAAGCCUAGGCUUAAGUACAAGAACGGCAACGGCGCCGACGAGGACCUGAGUAAGGUCCUUGACGACCCCGAGCACCCGUGGGACAAGGGCGCGUACAUGGCCCCAAAGAAGGUUAAUAAGCCCAAGCGCCGGGACGUCCACGUCAAGCGCCGCAGUAGCAACCGCAAUACCGGCCAUCUCAUUAUCUCCGACCAGGACACUGACGUCCGCGAGAUCUGUGAGUCUGAGACGUCUUACGGCUGGGACAUUGUGUCGACUAAGCAGAAGCUCUUCUGUGACAUGGAGCACAAGCAGCUCUACCCUCUCUGCGACACUUCCGUUACUACCAAGUGCUUUGAUGUCGACCAGAAGACGCUUGCUGGCGCGCCGGGCCUGGACACGCGCGAUGAAGAAGUCAUCAAAAUGAGAUUCGGAAGGUCUUACAACACUACCAAUGUCUGGAAGUCUUAG